GGGAAGAUGGAGGGAAUGAGCAGAAGCAGCGUGCAAAAGAUUCUGGACGAGAACCAGCAGCUGAUCCUCGCGAUCGUCGAGAACCAAAUGCAAGGGAGGCAACAGCACUGCGCAGCUUACUUGCAGAAGCUUCACAAGAAUCUCUUCAUGUUGGGAACGAUCGGGGAUCAGGUGGUGAACAACACCAGCAAUGUUGCGAUGCAUGCCAGGGUGAACCAAGGGCAGGAUAGCUUUCCCGACGCUUCUUCAGCAGGUGGGAGCCAGUUCAUGCCGGCAGCGCGCAAGUUCACAGCGGAGGAAGGAGCUGGGGACGCGAGGGGGUUGAGUCCCAACCGACCUCGGGAGCAGAUGCUUCAGCCCGGUGCUGGUAUGGCAGGAGGGAGCGUCAGGCCAUGGAGCGCGCAGGAGCGGGAGACUCUCUUCCGUGCCCUUCACACUCAUGGCACACAGCACGUGGAGCUGAUAGCGAGGGAGGUAGGAACGCGGAGUAUGGAAGAGUGUCAGAGGUACAUCGAGAUGGAAAUGCACCGUAAUCAGCAGCAGAUGCUUAACAGGCAGGAUAGAAUUCAGGCAGAUCUCCGAGCUCCUCUUUGAUAUGAACUCUUGCUACUUCGGA